AUGGACGCCAAAGAUGGCAAAGUCGCCGAGCCGUCACCCAAAUCACACGGCCAAGACGACAUCACCACCACCCCGUCGCAGCCUGACGCACCCAAAGUCACGCCGCCGUUGUUGUUGUUGUCUGUGAAUGACGAAUUCAACAACGCAGUUCGUGCCGUGCAAGAGUUCAAGUCUUCAUCUCAUGUCAAGCCACACACUUGGAUACGCUUCCCGUUGAGCCCCGCUGCCUACAACCAGCUCACCGAGUUCUUGGAUAACGACGACACGUUCCGUGGCCUAGAAACCUUCUAUUCCCCCUUCACCCAAGAAUUCGCCAUGGGCGCCGAAACCCGUGUUCACGCGGCCUUUGCCCCUGCGGUUGUACGUGACAUCCUCAACGGUCUUGCACGCUUGGAACAUCCGUCCCUUGAUGGAUUCGGUGGCAAUGUCUUGAAUACCGCAUCGGCAAAGCUCGCUCUGACUGUCGAGGGCAGCACUUUUGAAAAGUGCCCCGAUGGCUCGUUGCUGUAUCUGGGCGCACGGUUCCCGGGAGUCGUCAUGGAAGUGGCCCAUUCCCAGCGAGCAGAGGACCUUCCCCGACUUGCUGAGGAUUACAUACUUGGUUCUGGUGGAAGAGUUCGUUGCGUCGUCGGCUUCAAGCUGCCAUACCCAGCAGGCAACGAAGCGACAUUGUCAGUCUGGAUCCCAAAAUUGACCGACUUGUCGGAUGGCCGCAAGAGCCUCGAUGUCAAGCAACUCGUGAAGGAAGAGGUCUUCUGCACUGCCGACGGUCACCCAAACCAAAACUCUACCGGUCUCAGCUUGUCGCUCGCUUACCUCGCACCGACUCAGGAAAUCCGAGCCAUGGUCAACGCGCUCCCAGCCGAGGUGGCCGAGAUCAAAAUCUCUACUGCAAAACUAUGCGAGUACCUGAAGUUGGCGUUCAAAGCGGAAAAUCCAGGAAAUGUCGUUGACGACAUCGACGACGAGAUGGUGGUGGUGGCUCCGCGCAAAUACGGACCUGCGCUAGUGUCGAGUCACGGAUAUUUCCUCUCCCAGAGUGAUGCCUCUGUCGACUUCACCCUGCUUCCUCGUCCGAAUCAGCUCACCGUCUCGGUCAACGAGUCCCGCGCUGUCGGCUGCUUCUUCAAGCUGCCGCAAAGCCUACAGACCCCCCCGCUGGAGAGUAUGGCGCAGCCCAUGUACCUGCCCCCCGAAGACACGAUUGCCAGAAUCUGCCCAAAUGCCACGUACCCGCCGUUCCCCAAACCCCUGAUCGGGCGGCCGCGAUUCCGCAAUCGACAAGGUCUAGCCACGCCAAAGACGAGCACGACCAUUUGGAGGAGCAUCUGGCGGCAAUUGACAACCUGGUCAACAAACUCUCUGUUUUGA